AUGUCAUCCGCAGAAGACGAAUUCAACGAGCAUGACAAUGCCCUGGCAAUGCCAGGGUCCAAGAAACGACGAGUGCAGAGAGCGUGUGAUAUAUGCAGACGCAAGAAGAGCGAUGGAAGCCAGAUGCCAGGCCACAGAUGUUCUAACUGCAUUGCGUAUAAUUUCGAUUGUACGUACGUUGAGGCUGCAAAGGUACUUACCGUUAUCAAUUUCAGUUAUGUCGAGAGCCUGGAGAAUCGCUUGGAGAAGAUGGAGAACCUUCUGCAAAAGCUCUGCCCUGAUGCAGACUUCUCUCAGGAACUUGGAGGCGGUCCUAUGGACAGGGAGACUUGGCAAAAAGGCAACAUGAAUGGCUCAACCAGCCAUGUCAUGACCCCUUAUGCUGCCACUCCCCUAGAAGACCUCGUAUCCAGUGAUGAUGACGAGAUGGUAUCCGUUCGCCUCGCUGAUCAUAUGCAGAAUAUGUCUAUCAAUCCAAUGCAAACCCGCUUCUUUGGAAAAUCGAGUGGCAUCAUGUUGGUCCAAAAAGCUAUCGACCUCAAAAAGGAGUACACCGGCGAUGACGAGAUACACCGACAGGACGUUCUCCAGCCAAAACGCCCAGAGUUUCAUGGAUGCUUCCCUUGGGAGCUGGCAGCUAAGCAUAUUGUCGAGCCGAGCUAUAGCUUUCCUCACGAAGAUCUCGCUACCUCCCUUGUCGAUCUCUAUUUCACACAUCUCAAUGUUCUAACUCCGCUGUUACACCGGCCAACCUUUGAGCGCAAGGCUGCGCAGGGGCUGCAUCGCCGAAACUCAUCAUUUGGGGCGGCUCAGCGCUUCUCUGAUGAUCCCCGCGUCCUUCUCGAUGGCGAAAACGAACAUUCGGCGGGAUGGAAGUUUUUUGAACAGGUACAGAUGGUCAGGAAGACCCUGCUUGGACCACCGUGUCUGGAGGACCUCCAAGUGUAUUGUCUAUCUGUGCUUUACCUGCAGGGAACUUCGGCCCCUCAGGCAUGUUGGACUAUUGUUGGGAUUGGCAUACGCCUUGCGCAGGAUGUUGGUGCACAUCGCCGCAAGGCUUACGGUAAUAAGCCUACCGUCGAAGAAGAGCUUUGGAAACGUGCAUUCUGGGUUCUCGUCAGCCUAGACCGAUUGAUGAGCUCUUCCUUUGACCUCGACCUACCUGUCGAAUGUGAUGACGAGUACUGGGAGCACCCGGACCCGGACCAAAUGUUCAAACAACCUGCUGACAAACCUUCUCUCGUAUCGCACUUUGUCAAUUUCCUGAAGCUUAACCACAUACUUGCAUUUGCCCUUCGCACUAUCUAUUCGAUCAACAAGCUAAAAGUCCUGCUUGGAUUCGUUGGGCAGCAAUGGGAGCAACAAAUAGUUGCAGAGCUUGAUUCUGCGCUUAAUAAAUGGAUCGACGCUGUUCCUGAUCAUCUCCGAUGGGAUCCGAACAGGGACAUUAAUGACUUUUUCUUGCAGUCGCAUUCCCUCUAUUCGAGUUACUAUCAUGUCCAGAUCCUCAUCCACCGCCCAUUCAUUCCGUCGCCCCGAAAACCAUCUCCUCUGUCAUUUCCUUCCUUGGCGAUCUGUACAAAUGCUGCUCGUUCUUGCAGCCACGUUAUGGAUGUAUAUCGACGGCGAUCUGGUCAGUCGGCGCCUUAUUCACAGAUGCCUGCGUUCACUGCAGGUAUUGUCUUGCUCCUGAACAUCUGGGGUGGAAAACGCUCCGGACUGUACACUGAUCCUACGAAAGAGAUGGCGGACGUGCACAAGUGCAUGUCCGUACUGAAGGUGUGCGAAAAACGCUGGCACACCGCUGGUCGUCUAUGGGACAUCCUGUAUGAACUGGCAUCUGUCGGUGACCUUCCGCUACCCCAGCCUAGUCCUUCUGGCGGAACGAAGCGUGAACGUGAUUCAGAUAGUCCAAUAUCUGCUCCCCCCACGACUUCACCGCCGUCAGACGUACCCCGCACCAUCGCAGGAUCGCGCCGCAUUGGACGCGAAGCAGCAGCUCAGUCUCGCUCGAAUCCGCUGAAUUCAUUUAAUCUUCCGCUCUACAGCGAUGAUCUUGGACGCCUCCCGCUCCACGGACAAGUAAACUUUGCAAACACAUCCCCGUCGCUUAGCUCAUCUACGAACAACAUGUGGUAUCCUCACGUGGGUGGGAACCCGGUGCAACCGCACGCUACACAGACAUCUAUGCAAAACGUGGUCCCGCCUCAAGAUUAUUCACAGACCGCUAUUCCUGCCUACAGUAUGGAUGAUAUGUUCUAUGAGCAGAUGAGCCAGUACUCGGCACAAUACCAGCCACAAGGGACCGCUACUACUUCGUCCUAUGAUGACGACGCUCAGGGGCUGCAGACUCUCAUGAAUGGGACACCACAGCAGAAUGUGCUUUCGCACCCUGGUGCGAGCAUUAUGGACACGGACACGAUUGCCAUGUGGUCCAAUGCUCCAACUGGUUUCGAACUUAAUGACUGGGGAACGUACAUCACGAAUGUAUCUGGGAUGGUAAACCCUGAUGGUUCUGCUUCACAUUCGAGACACGGGCCGUGA